AUGUUCCCUUCAAGUGUCACAACGCGUCUUGACCCAAACGGUGCUCCUGUCUGGCGACAGGAUAGCUCGAAAUUGUUUGGCCUGGUCGAAGCCAAAGGCGAUAGCGACUUAUUCAAAAGCUCAUUGAAACAUCAACGACGCGAAGAAUCAGAGAGGGCCGAAAACAGCUCGUUUGUCUCGAGCCCCUCUAAGCCAACGGCAAAGCGAUGGGAUGCUAAAUCCAGACAGCCAUCCAGUAUCAAGGCCGCUGCUCGCGCCGCGGGAGAGCCUGGUAUGAUAUCACUGGGUGCCGGUGCACCAUCAGCUGCCUACUUUCCGUUCAAGAAUAUCGAUGUCACCAUUUCGAACGAUAUAUAUUUCUCAGCGGAGACAGAGGAACCUGAAUCGAACAUCCACAUGGCGAAAUACGAUUUUGAGGCAGGUGUCAGUGAUUUCGGACUUGAUGUUGCCUUGAACUAUGGUCAAGGAACGGGCUCUGCACAAAUGAUACGAUUCGUGACAGAACAUACAGAGUUGCUACACGACCCCCCUUACGCCGACUGGGGCUGUUGCCUGACUGUAGGAAGCACAUCAGCCUGGGACUCAACUCUCCGAAUGUUCUGCAACAAAGGAGAUUCCAUCCUCGUGGAGAGUUACGCAUUCGCAAGUGCACUGGAAACAGCAUGGCCCUUGGGAAUCAACACAAUCGGAGUGGAAAUGGACGAAGAAGGCCUGAUUCCGAAGGCUCUUGAUUAUUUACUUUCCGAGUGGGAUGAGCUUACUCGCCAGGCCCGUAAGCCAUUCUUGCUUUAUAUGGUUCCUACAGGCCAAAAUCCGACUGGAGCCACACAGUCUCUAGCUCGGAGGAAGGCCAUCUACUCUAUUGCACAAAAGCAUGAUCUCUAUAUUGUGGAGGAUGAACCGUAUUACUACUUGCAGCUACCGAGAUAUGGAAAUCAGGUUGCAGACACGCAUCAGACGAAUGGUCUCAUUCCAUCAUAUUUGAGUCUUGAUUUGGAUGGAAGGGUCCUUCGAAUGGAUUCGCUAUCCAAGGUUCUUGCUCCUGGUGCUCGAAUAGGUUGGGUAACAGCUUCUCAACAGGUUAUCGAGAAGUUCGUCCGACAGAAUGAGACCUCGUCUCAGCAUCCCAGUGGCUUCUCGCAAGCUAUUAUCUUCAAACUUCUCAAUCAUCAUUGGGGACAUCUAGGCUUUUUCAAAUGGCUGGAGGGCAUCCAGAAGGAAUACACCUGGAGAAGAGAUGUUUUUGUCGAGGCUUGUGACAGGCAUCUUCCCAGGAAAUAUGUCAACUGGACCUCCACUGAUGCGGGGAUGUUUGUGAGUAUACUUAUGAGCGGCUUGACGUGCAUAUUUGCUGAUUCGCGUAUCAAGUGGAAGUCGCACCCUCUUUACAAGACUAACAACGACCACGCAACAAUUCAACAAGCUAUAUUUGAUUCUGCUGUCAGGCACAAGGUCUUUGUGACGCCAGGAUCAUGCUUUUUGUCAACCGCUGAUGUUGCAGAGGAUCGUAUGUUCUUUCGGGCCACUUAUGCAUCGGCAUCGAAAGAAGAUCUGAAGGAAGCAGCCCGACGAUUUUCUGCAGCGAUAGAGUAUGAAUUCGAAGAGAGAAUGAAUCAUUAA